UUGCAGAAGCACUGACCGGAUUACUGUGAAGAGGAACAGAUCAACAAGUUAAAGCUGACCUCUUCAACAUUAAAAAGAGAUUAUCUUAAAACACAAUUAUCUAAAUUUGUGUUUUUAAUCAGUGAGUAAACAGCAUCAUGGAUUGUUCUCAGUCUGGGAAUUCAGAUGCCACAAUGGAGACGGAUGUGAGCAUGAACACUGCGAAUGAUGAGACAGAUGAAGGAGACAGAGAAAAACAUGAUGAAGUCGUCCCCGUGCGUAAGGCAUCCUGGGAGCCCAGUGUGCUGUCCACCAUUGGAAAGGAGAUCCAUUAUUUUGACGGUCAUGAGAUCAGCAUCUGGGAGUCUCUCGAUUCGUUUGGUUCUGUCAUCUGGCCAGCAGCUCUGGCUCUGUGUCGCUACCUUGAGUCCAACCAAGAGACGGUUGACCUUGUUGACAAGGCAGUGCUAGAGAUCGGCGCCGGCACGGGACUUGUUUCCAUCGUGGCCAGUCUGUUGGGUGCUUGGGUAACAGCAACUGACCUGCCUGAAGUCCUCGGGAACCUGGGAUGCAAUCAGUCCAGAAACACACGGGGCCGCUGCAGAUACACUCCACAGGUGGCGGCGCUCUCUUGGGGUUAUGAGCUUGAUAAGACCUUCCCUCGUUCAGUCUACAAAUACGACUACAUAUUAGCAGCCGACGUGGUCUAUCAGCAUGACUAUCAAGCAGAAUUACUAGUCACCAUGUGCCACUUCUGCCAGCCGGGUACAACCCUCAUAUGGGCCAACAAGACCCGCUUCGAUUCUGAUCUAGUCUUUGUUGAGAACUUCAAAAAAACUUUCAACACCAUCCUGCUGGCAGACAAUGGAGAGGUAAAGAUUUACUCUGCCACCACGAGAGAAGAAAGUGGACUAGGAUUAAAAGAGACUAAAGGGGAUGCCAGAAAAGGAGUGGAUGAGAAUGAAAUGACAAAGGAAGAGAUAUAUGAAGGAAAGAUCAACUGGACAGAACAAAAGUUUGUAGAACAGGUUCAAGAAUAUGAAAAUAAAGAUGCAGAUUUUAGAGAAGAGCAGGUUACAAGUUAUGCUGAUGCGGAAAACCAGAAGGAUGGAAACCUGAACAAUAUCGAAGAUGACGACGACAACACAAAUCUUGAAAAUGAACCUGAGUAUAGUGAAGACAACAACGACGGCUGCAGUGAGGUGGAUUCAGCGUUUGUGGAGCAGAAAUCUGAUGGAAGCACAGGAGGAGAGUAUAUGAGAUCCUGGGCACCGACUAUUUACUACAGACCCGAGAAGGAAGUUUAUCAUUUUUUGGGCCAGGAUAUUACAAUUCAGGAGUCCAUUGAUUCUUAUGGUGCUACUAUAUGGCCAGCGGCACUUGCACUUUGCCGAUUCUUGGAAACGCCUCAGGGUCAUCAACACAUUGAUUUAUUCGACAAAUCAGUUAUUGAACUUGGAGCUGGAACUGGAUUACUUUCGACUGUCGUUACAUCACUGGGUGCCAAACUAACAGCAACGGAUUUACCUGAGAUACUAAGUAAUCUGAGAUACAACCUUAACAGGAACACGAGAGGCCGGCGGAGACACGAGCCCAUGGUCACAGAACUCUACUGGGGUCACAAGCUGGACAAGUUCUUCCCCAGAUCCACACACCAGUAUGAUUAUGUGUUGGCGACUGAUGUGGUCUAUCACCAUGACUUCCUUGCAGAAUUACUAUUCACCAUGCGUUACUUCUGCCAGCCGGGAACUAUUCUAGUCUGGGCGAACAAGGUCCGCUAUGCUUCAGAUCUGGGCUUCAUUGACAACUUUCUUAGAUAUUUUGAAAUCACACUCCUUGAAGAGUUGGAUGAUGUGAGGAUUUACAUAGCAACCAGCAAGACACCAGAGCAGGGAGGUGACCAGGUUCAAGAGAUGAACAAGGAAGAGGACGAAAAUUAUGAUGCUGGGGAGACAAACUCUACAAACGAGACAGGAAACAAUGCAGAGGAAGUGGAACUUCUAGAGUGUGAUGAUACUCAAACGCCAGAUGAGACACAAGUAGACAAAGAACUCCAGGAUUUGGAAAGACCUGCUGAGGAAGAAGUUGUACCUGCCAACGCAGAACCACCAAAGCCCAGAUCCUGGGCUCCCACCAUCUACUCCACUCUUGGCAAGGAGAUCUACUACUUUCUGGGUCAUGAAAUCAAAAUUCAAGAAGCCAUAGGCAAUUACGGCGGUGUGGUAUGGCCUGCGGCACUGGCCCUUUGCCGAUUCCUGGACACCCCAACAGGUCGACAGCAGAUUAAUCUACUUGACAAAUCAAUGCUGGAGCUCGGAGCAGGAACAGGACUUGUCUCGAUAGUUGCCACACUUCUCGGUGCUAAACUGACAUCCACGGAUCUGCCAGAAAUCCUGGGUAAUCUGAGGUGCAACUUGAACAGGAAUACCAGGGGGCACUGGAGACACGAGCCUCAGGUUACAGCACUGCAAUGGGGCUACAAGCUGGAGGAGACGUUUCCCCGUUCCACGCAUUAUUACGAUUACAUCCUGGCAGCUGAUGUGGUCUAUCACCACAAGUUUCACACCGAGCUUCUUGACACCAUGCUUCACUUCUGUCAAACAGGGACAACGAUAAUCCUUGCAAACAAGAUCCGGCUUCAGUCAGACCUGGAAUUUAUUGAGAACUUUCAGAAAGCUUUAAACACCACAUUACUGACAGAGCUGGAUGAGGUAAGGAUUUACUCAGCUACCAUUAGAAUCUGAUGACGUGAACCUCAAUGCACUGCUUUGAGAAGGCUUUCUGAGCUACACUGCUGGCACAGGAAGAGGAGGUGAAGAUAUGUGGCUCUGGUUCACGUUUGUUUAAAGAACCAACACCACACUGCAGACAAUUCUAGAGAGAGUAUAGUGCACUGUGUGACCAAAAAGUUUGAUUGAUGAGGGUCAUAAAAAUUCCACCUCUCUUUGGUUUUUGUCAAGCUUAAAACACUUCUGGCUUGCUAUAUAACCCAGACAUUUUUCUUUCACUUUAAAAAUUAGGUUACACGCGUUUUCUGUAAGCCACAGGAAAAAUGUUAUUUGUUUAGUUUGAUUCAAAAACAUCUAAAACAUCUAAACCUGUUUCUAAGAUCUCAACUCAUUUGCAACUUAAUUAGUUGUGAGGGAUCUGGCAUUGUGUACUUUGGUGGUGUGUGUCAGCUAAAGUUCGGUGAUCAAAACAGAUCAUGUUCAGUGAUUAAAAGAUCUCCAUUCUCCAUUGCAUCUAUUUACGGCGUUUACCUGUGAGUGUCCACUUUUUAAAGUUUAGCCAAAAGUUCAGCGACUGGUCAAAGGAUGUGUGCGCUAUUGAAGCUUUUUUAACGGCAAACAUCUGGAGAAUUUACAUAGGGGCAUAAAUAUCUGGUGCAGUGUUAGGUGAAGUUCUUGAAGAUAAUAUUUGUCUGAGAGAAACCAGGACGCUUUAUUAAUAAUGUAGAUCUGGUGAAUGUGAUUUCACAGAUGUUCAGGAUGAGAUCAGAGAGAUCAGGUCGAGGGUGAUUGUUUUUAACAAGGUGCUCAAUGCUGUUAUAGUUACAUAUGUUAUUUUUAUUCACACCUAGAUUUUUCAAGCCUCAACACAAACAUACACUGCAAAUGCAAAAGUACACAAACACAAACAUACAAUCACAAACACACACACAAACGUAAACAAACAGAAAACAAACAUACACGCAAACAAACACAAACAUACAAAUGCAAACACACUGUACAAACAAACAAAGUACAAAUAAACAAACACAAACAUAAUAUACAAGCAAACAUAAAAACUGAUUUAUUUGCUAUAUUUCAACUGCAUUGACUGCUUUAAAAUAUGAGACACAGAUGUUUCAGGCAUUUAGGACACAUGCUUAUCCGAUAACUUUUAUUUUCUAUUUGGGUGAUGUAUAUUUAACUGUUUUAUCAAGCCGUUGUUAGAUGCAAGUGUUUGCUGUCAUAUCUAUGCAAAGACCUGAUUUCAAAAGCAGUAUCAUAGCUAUUAAACUAUCUUGUUGUGGUUUUAAA